CUCCUUUCCUCGACCCGCUGCCGUCUCCUUCUCUAGCAAUGGCCGAACACAUCUCACCUCGCGUAAAUGCGACUCGCCUCGCAGAAUACAUUGGGCGAACCGUUCGCCUCACAUGCAAGGUAGUCAGGUCUCAGAGCGACGUGGCUAUCGUCCAGGCGCCAGAUGGUGGAGAAGUUUCUGUGCGACUGACGAAGGGUGCCGACAUCACCGCUCCCUUCAUUGAGGUCAUCGGCGCAGUCGUCGAUGCCGGGACGGUCAGAAUGCUUGCUUGUAUCAAUCUCGGUGACGACCUGGAUAUGGACCUCGUGAAUGAUGUUGUAGAGGUGUGGCACGAUCCACGUUUCGCCAAGAUGGUAUAAAAUGUAUGGAACAAAGGGCGCCACGGUUCAUUGCUGUAUUUGUAUGUGCUGUAUUAUUAUUUGCUCCACAGACUUCAUCCUUGAAACUACGGCGUUGAAAGGUG